AUGGCAGAGAACCAACCGAAAAUGGAAUUCCAAUUCGUCAAUUCCACGAUCCACACCCCCACCGUACCCCGCGACCUGGCAAUUCGUGCCUUAAUCCGAAAGCAGGCUAUGAAGAAGGCGUCCGCAGCACGGCGGCGAGAUGGAAACUACGGAAAACACAAUCUUCGACAACUUCCAGUCUUCGUUGUCGACCAAGAGAAUAAUAAUGGGCAAACUCCUGUGGAGGUCAAACAACAGAGCAGUAGCCCCGAUGAGCCUGCCAGCUCUAGCUCUGCCAGCAAGAAAUCGAUUGGCCCAUGUACUGAAGGGAAGCAUAUCGAGGAGAGACACAAGGCUGUGCGUUCAAGUGGAAACAAGGCUGAUAAGAACGGUAACGGAAAUGGGGUCGACCGGCAGCGUUGGCUAGCGCAAACUUUGACCAACAAACUCCCUGGCAGUCUGUCGGCAAAAGGCUACGAAUUGACCAGCAUGAAGUCCAAUUUCGAUAUCCUCGAUCUCUCAGCCUUGGCGACACUGCAUGUAGGACGAGCCGCUAGAGCAGCUCUGUCACAAAACCCGUUCCACCUCAUCUACCAACUACGAUCCCGCAAGCAAUGGUCGUACUUGUCAUACCUUCCAAGUCUUUAUGGCCAUGUCCCUUGCCUAAGUGAUGCCGUGGAUUGUGUCAUUGCGCGAGCACGACAAAUCAUCUCUCCACAUGAGAAUUGGGAGGCUGCGGUUAUCACAUUUUAUGUCAAGGCUUUGGAUAGUCUUCAGAAGGCCUUGGACAAUCCCAAGCAACGCUACAAACCAGAGGUUCUAUGUGCAACGGAGAUUCUAGCUUUGUACGAGCUCCUCGACCCCUCAGGAGAGAUAGCAUGGAUUCGACAUGCUGCUGGGGCAGCAAAAUUGAUACAACUGCGGGGCCCUAAGAAUUAUAACACGGAGUUUGAAAAGGCACUUUUCAUGGCUCACACUGGCCCGAUUAUGACAGAAUGCCUAGUAAAUAGCGAGCAUUGUUUCCUUGAGCAAAAGCCUUGGCAAAACCUCUUCCGAUCCCUAAUAGUUGACAACGGCUUCCAGAUCUCUGACCAGAGCGAAAUCACAGUCUCUCUCAUAAUGCUCAAAGCCUUCAUCCCCGGCUUCUUCGUCGACGUCACCAGCAUAAUCUGCUCCCCCACGUCUGCAGAUCCCGGCUUCGUGCACACCAUCACCAGCAACCUGCGUCAACAACGAGUCAAUCUUUUGAAAUGGAAUACAAGAUACGCGAAAGUGCUGCAACUGUAUCCUGGUAUGCGGCCGGGGAGCACAGAAUACGACAGUCAUUGUAAAGUAUACGCUACAUACCUGUCCUGCAUCAUGAUUUCAAGCCGACUAUUAGCCGCGCUUUCCCGGUGCGAGAGAGCGGAGUUGGAGGCCGCGACGCAGGGAUGCGCAGAUGAGAUGAUUGAGAUGGAUCAGAGGGUCAGGUCUUCAAGCGAUCAGACUUGUCUUUUCAUGGCGCAGACGAGGGGCGUAGCGGGCUCGAUUAAGCUGACAGCUGCGGAUUGGCGGGAUGAGUAUGUUGAAGAUGAUUGUGGGGUUUCUGGUAGCGGCUUGCUUGAGAAGUGGAUAUUGGAGCGUUGGUGUAAGAGUCUUGGGAGGAAAAUGCCUUGA